AUGUAUCUAUCUAUUUGUGCAAUUGUAUCUAUCUAUCUAUCUAUCUAUCUAUUUGUGCAAUUCUCUCUCUCUCUCUCUUUAUCUAUCUAUCUAUCUAUCUGUUCUAUUGUCUCUAUCUAUCUAUCUAUCUAUCUAUCUAUCUAUUCCAUCUAUCUAUUCCAUCUAUCAUCUUCAAUUAUCUAUCUAUCUAUCUAUCUAUCUAAAUCAGUCCUUUUAUAUCUACAAUAUCAGUCUGUUCACUAUCUAUCUAUCUAUCUAUCUAUCUAUCUAUUUGUGCAAUUGUCUCUUUCUAUCUAUCUAUCUAUCUAUCUAUCUAUUUUCUCUCUCUCUCUUUAUCUAUCUAUCUAUUUGUGCAAUUGUCUAUCUAUCUAUCUAUCUAUCUAUCUAUCUAUCUAUCUAUCUAUCUAUCUAUCUAUCUUCUGUUUAAUAUCUAUCUAUCUAUCUAUCUAUCUAUCUAUCUAUCUAUCCCAGUUUAUAAAAAUAUGUUUCUGUUCAAUUCUUUCUAUCUAUCUAUCUAUCUAUCUAUCUAUUGAAAUCCAUCGUCUUCUGGAUGUAUGCUCUUUACUUCCCUCCACUUUUUCUGCUUUCCCUCACUCGCUUUCUCCCCACCCGCUAUAUCUCUCUCACUCUCAUCUUCUCCCCCACUCCCUAGUUUACACCCCCGCCCCAUUCUACAACCGACAACAACAUGUCAAGCCAUUCAAAUUCUUUCUUUCGCAAUUGCAGUUCAGUUCUCCGAUCGCUCCCUCGCCCCACUUAGAUCAACCCUGUUCUUCUUUCCCAACCCUUAUUUUAUUUUUAUUUUCUGUCCCUGCACCUUUUAUAGGCUUGUCGCUUUACAGAGCUCUACCCUAA